AUGUCUCGUGCCCGUUUCACACUUCUAGGUGCCUCUGCGACGUUAGCAACAGCUGCUUCGGGCUAUUUGUUGUACGAGAGUCUCUACGUUCCCAGUAGCGUCCGCGCUGCCGUUGCCGAGAUAAGCGAUUGGAGCGUUGAGGAGAGCGGCAACGACGCAGUCGUUCGUGUGAACGCCUCCGGCAGCAAGGCCGGCGGCAUGUUCACUUGCAAUCUGUCGCGCAUCGAAGGAUCGUGGAAGGUGGUGACUCUCGACGUGAUUUACCACGAACCGAGGAAGGAACCCAAGUUGGAGAGCGCCGCCGUGUACGAUGAGCUCGAGAAGGCGCUCGCCAAGUAG